AUGGGCGUGCCGAAGUUUUACCGAUGGAUUUCAGAGAGAUAUCCGUGUUUGAGCGAAGUCAUAGUUGACUCAGAGAUUCCGGAGUUUGACAACCUCUACUUGGAUAUGAACGGAAUCAUACACCACUGCUCGCACCCCGAUGAUAGCGACGUCAUGCUUCGAAUUCCUCAGGAACAAAUUUUCGCUGAUAUUUUUGCCUACGUUGACACCCUCUUUAACAUUAUUCGUCCAAAGAAAGUGUUUUUCCUUGCGGUGGAUGGUGUGGCCCCCAGAGCGAAGAUGAAUCAACAACGAGCCAGGCGGUUCAUGUCUGCGCGUACUGCAGAAGAACAAAUACAAGCCCUCAUACGAAAGGGUGAGGCCGUGCCGACUGAAAAACGUUUCGACUCCAACUGUAUCACACCAGGUACUGUCUUCAUGUCGGAACUGCACAAAGCGCUCUCCGCUUGGUUGAGUACUAAAAUCGAGAAGGAUGUUGCUUGGGGAAACAUUCGAGUGUAUUUGUCUGGACAUGAUUGUCCUGGUGAAGGUGAACAUAAAAUUAUGGAGUUCAUCCGACAUGAAAGGAGUUUAGAAGGAUAUGAUCCGAACACGAAGCACUGCCUAUAUGGCCUCGAUGCCGAUUUGUUAAUGCUCGGCAUAUGUUCACACGAACCGCAUUUCUCAUUGUUACGGGAAGAAGUGAGAUUCAGCAGACCUCAAUCAAAGAGAACUGGUGUUUCAUCUAUAAAAUUUCAUCUCUUACACCUUUCUCUUCUAAGAGAAUACUUAUCGUGGGAGUUCUAUCCCCUCAAGACUACUUUGCCUUUCGCAUAUGAUAUGGAACGUAUCGUGGAUGAUUGGAUUUUAAUGGGUUUCCUCGUUGGUAACGAUUUCAUCCCACAUUUACCACAUGUUCACAUUCAUGAGGAUGCACUUCCUUUGUUAUAUCAAACAUAUAUCCAAGUUUUACCUACAUUAGAUGGUUACAUAAACGAGUCAGGAAUUUUGCAUUUGAAACGUUUCGAGAUCUUCUUGAAAGCUUUUGCUGCAAAUGACCGUCGCUACUUUUUACAAAAGUGUGGAGAUGAAAGGUAUAUGCGAAGCAAGACUGGGAAUUAUCCUAAAGAAAAGGUGCGCUUCUUACUUUCAAGUAUAAAUUGUUGGACGAAGGCUGUUAGCAACUCAUUUCGUCGACACAAGCGAGAGUAUUAUCGGGAGAAAUUGAAGUUCGAGAACAUUUCGAAGUCCGAACUUCGUGAGCAAGCGGAAGGUUAUGUGAGAGCCGUGCAAUGGAAUUUACACUAUUACUACCGGGGCUGUGUCUCGUGGAAUUGGUACUAUUCUCACCAUUACGCACCGUACAUCUCAGAUGUUAUCGAUUUCUCUAACAUGGAUAUCACGUUUGAGCUUGGCGAGCCGUUUAAACCAUUCGAACAGUUGUUGGCAGUGCUUCCUAUCGCCAGUAGCGAAUGCCUUCCACCAUCUCUUAGGGAAUUAAUGUGCGAUAAAGAAUCACCGAUAGCCGAUUUCUACCCAACUGACUUUCGAACCGAUUUGAACGGAAAGAGAAAUGAUUGGGAAGCUGUCGUGUUGAUUCCAUUUAUCGACGAGAAAAGACUUUUGUCAGCGAUGGAAAGUAAGAUGCUGUUACUUACUUCUGAAGAAAAGUGUCGUAAUACUUUCGGCGACAUACUCGUCUUUACAUCCAGUUGUACAAAUUCGAACAAGUAUCUUUCGGUUCAAAAAAAAAAAUCAACAUUGUUGAGGUGUUCCACCCUCCCGAGAGACGCUUUUCAUCUGGAUCCGCAAUCUAUUAAAUAUGGACUUUUACCAAAUGUGAAAAUGGACGUCUACUUUCCAGGAUUUCCAACCAUGAAACACCUACCCCAUUCAGCUGAACUUAAGCAGGUGUUGAUUCUUUUCCAGUAUCGCGACAAUACAAUAUCACCUUCUUUUUUAUUUUUAUACCUCAUUCGCAGCCAUACUGGGUUUAGGAGAACUGUUAAUAAUUCUACUGUUGUUAGAGUACUUGCAGGGUUGAAAACUUUAAAUUCCAUCCUAGUGCUUUAUCGUGGAUUUUUAACGAUAUGGAUUAGCUACAGGAAUAAGUUAAUACCAAUUUCUUCCUGGAUAUUCCGCGACCUUUUUUCGUACUUGGAGAAGGCAAACUCUACCGAUGAUGCUUAUCUGGCUAGCGAUAUUUGGGAGAAUAAAGAAAAACGCGAGGCCGAGCUAUAUGAAGGAAAAUCCUGUCCUGACGCCGACGCUGAUUUCAUAUUGCUGGAUCGUGUGAAUACAAAUGUUUCUAAGGGGACCGAAAUUCCGUUUGGUCUGCAAGGAACUGUUGUAGGACUUUAUUCUACUAAGGUAGAUGUUCUCUUUGAUCAAGAUACUAAUUUCCUUUAUAAAUAUUUUUUAAACCGUUUUUCUAGUCCACCGGUAGAAAGCAUUUCAGCUUUUCAAGAACGUACUCAAUACAAUGAACCUAUACCCACAAUAGUGCUGAAAUAUUUGCAAAACUCCGCACCUCAGGUGUGUGCUCUGGGAACGAGCUCGCUGUUACCCUUUCCGAGGACUAACGCGUUCGCCACCACACUAUGCGGGUCCUUCGUUUCGCCGUUCUCUCGGCCUUUUUUCUCGAAUGCAUGGAGUGAUGGUGGGCGCGUUAGCACCCGGAAAGGGUAA